UGUCCCUAUCAGCUAAGCCUUUCAAUGGAUGGAUGUGUCAUCAAACCAUCUGGCCAAAUCAACUCAUUCAAGUGCCUUGCGUACCAUCAAAAUAGGUAGUGUCUUUAAUCAACAACCAAUUAUAAAUAUCAAUUGAGUUGCCGUAUCGACGAUUGUACUGAACCACCACACCUGUUCCCCGACCUUGUCCUUAUCAAUGACAUAGUCUCAGACUAAGUUCUGUAUAAAAUAAGUGUUGGCGCGCUAAAACUAAUCAGUUUACUAUUCACUAGCCGGGGAAUUAUGCCGAGUGUAAGCAUAUUUAACGCGCUGCUGUUGUGUUUCGUGGCGCUAGUAUCGCUAGGAUCAAGUAAAGCUGGAUUGGGAGAGAAACAGAAAGAUGUCAGUCCAAGAGACUUUCAAGCGACUCUGAAACUACGACCUUUGGUUGUCGAGUUUUUCGAUUUCUAUCAGAACUUGACGUUGACGGGUCUUACUUCCGUUGAGACCACAGAUGAACAGGAUAAUGAGUGUUUGGAGGACAUCCACAUUGUAUUACAGGGUUUGAGCUCGGACAGCCAAUGGGCUUUGCAAAUGAUAGACUCCUGGGGUUCGUUGCCAUCCGGCGUACUCGUUGGUAACCGCAGGGACUUAGGAAACUACGAAGAAUGCCUGAGCAUCGACCACAGUGUCAAUAGUAGUUAUAGUUUGCAAGGCAAAUACUGUUUUGCCAAAAUAAGCUCGAUCAGUGUAAAUACCGCUGUCUGCUUUCCCGCCUCCUGCACGGCUAACCAGGUGGACACGAUGAUACGUAGUCUAGUUGAGAAGCUGCUCAAUCUAGUGAUCGAUGAAGAUGAGGUAGUUGUCAAUGAAGCUACUUGUCAAACAGCUGAGCAAGAACCUCUCGAUGGUGUGACUAUUUUCACGAUAAUCCUCUUAUCGAUCCUGACCACCACCUGUGUUCUCUCAACUCUGUAUGACUACAACCUUUGUGAGGAUCAAAAACAACUUCCUGCUUUGGUGAAGGUUUUCUCGGUUCGUGCCAACUCUCGGGCCCUCUUCCACAUUGUGGAUAGCAAAUCUAAUCCCAAUGUAAUCAAUUGCCUCAACGGCAUGCGUUGCCUAUCGCUAAUGUGGGUCAUCUUGUUGCAUGAAUACUUAGUGGGCUUCCGUGUGCCAAACGUCAACAGGAAUCAAGCCUAUUCCUGGCUUGGAACACCUUUUAGUAAGAUUAUUACCAAUGGGGUCUAUGCCGUCGAUACUUUCCUAUUUGUUAGCGGCCUUUUGGUGGUGGCAAAUGGACUGCGUGCCAUAGAAAAGUCAAAGGGCAAGAUCAAUGUGCUCAUGAUGUAUCUGCAUCGAUACCUACGACUCACUCCCGUCGUGGCUGUGGCCAUUCUCAUCUACAUGAAAAUACUCCCCCUUCUGGGGGGUGGACCAAUCUUUUCGAGCGCCUUACCCGACGACUACAGUGUCUGCGAGAAGACUUGGUAUUGGACCUUGUUGUAUUUGCAAAAUUACGCCACUGAUACGUUGUGUCUCACCCAUACUUGGUAUCUGGCCGUGGACAUGCAGUUGUACCUUUUUGGACCUCUUUUUCUCAUUAUCCUCUACAAGUGGGGAAAUAAAGGGGCAGCAGGAAUCUUUGUACUCAUGCUCCUCUUGGCCUCUUGCCUUUUUAGCAAAAUGGUCAUAUACAAUUUGUCCAUGAAUAUCCCAGAGGCACAACGGAGUCUUUAUCACUAUACCAAUUCAAGAACGUCUCCAUACAUAGUUGGAGCCCUUUUUGGCUACUUUCUUCAUAUUAACCGUGGCAGGACCUUCAAGUUGAAUCGCAUCGCUGUCUUCUUCGGAUGGAUUCUCAGCUUGUCCCUGAUCUUCACUUGUCUAUUUGCCAAUUAUGAAUCUGCAACGAUGACCAUUAUCGAAGAGGCUUUCUAUUUAACUCUGAUUCGCAUUGCCUGGCCGCUUGGUCUAAGUUGGAUAGUUUUCGCAUGUUUGAAGGGCUAUGGUGGCAUGGCCACUGGGUUCCUCUCGUCUCCACUGUGGCAACCUUUGUCUAAGCUCUCCUACAGUGGUUACAUCUUCCACAUGUUCAUGAUGUCCCUUCAAGCUGGCGUCACUCGAACAAAUACCUUUUUCGGCAACUACCAAAUCAUGUGCCGAUUUUGGGCUGAUUUUGGCUUCACGAUGCUGAUGGCCUAUGUCGUAUAUGUUCUAGUUGAGGCUCCUUUCGGGGUUCUGGAAAGCCUUUUGCUGCCCACUCGAAGGCCUAUUUCAAAAGAUAACCCUAAUGCUGUUCUUCAGAGUAAGACAGGUGUGUCCCCUAUGGCUGCUGAGGCUGUUAAGUCGGGUACAAAUAAGCCUGAACAAACUGAUACAGAAAACCCAGCAUUGUCUCCAGAUACAGCUGAGAUUUCCAGUACAUAGGUUUCACUGUUCCCUACUCACAAUCAAAAUGCAAUGAUUGUAAAAUCCCAUUUAAACAUACAUAUGUACAUACUUUCACUCGUUGCAGAGGACGGACGUGUUUU